AUGGUAGAGCAGCUGCUCAUGCGCGACCUGAAGAAAUGCUCGAAGAUUAUUAACUUGUGGGAGGAUGAAUGGAUGCAUGGCGAGGGCACUCCACUGGCAUUGUUGAUGUCUGCCCCUGACAUGAAGCCCUUGAACGCUGACACUUUUGCCAGCGUCAAGGGCGGCUCAGAUGCGGUGUUGCCUGAGCAAGUAGAAGCUGGAUCGGAAGCUGAUGCCGACCAGGAUGCAGACGUAGAUGCAGAUGUAGAUGCGGAUAAUGUCAGGCUCAUCGUUGAUGAGCAUGAUAUCAACCUGGGCAGUGUCGCUCAUCAAGAGCAUUGA